AUGGCGGAGUCCGAGUGCUGCCAGCGGCGCUCCGCGGCGCUGUCUAACAUGUUGGAGUGGUACUACCGGGACCCUGUUGGCCGAACGUACGGCCCAGUCAACUCGUUUAAGCUGGUAUAUCUGAUCUACUCGAACUUCUUUGAGGAGGAUACGCCGUUUGCGUCCUGCCAGGGAGGGCGCAUUACCGCUGCGGACUUCGACCCGCUCCGGAAGUUGCUGCCAACACUACAGAACGACUUUAUGGAGUACAACGAAGACGUGUUUGCGUGCCAACACUACAUGGAUUCCAUGUUGCAUGCGCCGGAUGAUGCGGUGGAUAGCGAAAUAAGGGAGGUGGAAGUAUUGCCGCCGAGUGUACCCACCAAGCAGUACACAGUUCAGUUCGUGGAGCGCACAGACACAAUUGUGGAUGUUGAUGAUCAUCAUAUGCUUCAUCGCAGUAGUGACAGCGAUAUAAGUGCUACUGAGCCGGCUGGCGAUCAGGUAUUUGACGAGGUGCCCAUGGCUGAGCCAUCUCCCCGUGAAACGCAUGCCGAAUUAGAACGCCAGUAUUCGAGAGUCACCAUUCCGUCGUUAGAGGACUACAGACGCCAGCAGCCACCUGUGGCUGCGUACCACCAGGAUUACACGUUCGGCUACAACGGGCAGCUCAACACAAGCAGGCAUGACCUUCACUCCGACAUUGCCAUCCCGGUAAGAUUGGACACCGGGGCGUAUAUGGACGCAUAUCACGGCGUUACCUCGAGCACUGCCCCGUUCAGACGUGGUCGAACAGGGGCACCGGUGUUGGAUGUCACACGGGAGCCCGUGGAGCGGCACUUGACGGCUAACUACGGACGCACAACGGACGCUUUCGACAUGUCUGGUUCUGGAUACACAGUGCCAAACUUGCAUGAGGAUGACAGGGAGACAGCGGCGUUGGGCUCCAUGCCGACCUCAGUUAUCCUCCCGUCAACGGCCGCACCUUCUGAAGAGCCAACGCAGCAGAGAAUAGUUAAACGGACAACAAAAAGCUACCCUAUUAUUGACGAGGGCAUGUCAAAUGGUAUAUCUCACAAGGCGGAGGAAGCAGCAGACACACCCGCAGGCAUUGCCGAAUACGGUAUGUCGCAGCUGUCGCCCAUCGGAAUACCGCCGCCAAAUAUAAAAAAUUGGCUUAGUGGAGACGACACCCCGUACAUUCCACUUGGCGCUUUAGGGCAGUUGCCGACUGAAGACCACAGCAGUGCGCUUGCGGGGAAGUCGAGUCGGCAUGACCCAGUCGCAGAGCGAUCGGCCGGCUCCAAAGACCAGCGCCUGCAUGCUGGCCGUUCUGCACAUUUGAGUAUGUCGCUUGCAUCUGUAGACGCGGGGACUCAAACGCGUGGCGCUUCGGAGAGCCGAUUAGCGCAGUCGUGGUGGCGGGAGGACAGUGCCACACAUCACGAUGCUUCCUACAACGCGCACAUCCCACGGCCACCUGGAGUUUUCCCGUCUACUUCACAUUCUGCAUCCAUGUAUAACGACGGCUCUAACGUCCCCAAGACGGAAUCGCUGAUGCCCGCCCAUCACAUGCUGAUCAAGCAGCGGCUGCAGAGCAACCUGCGGGAGACCCAGGCACACCUGUCGCGUAUCCCUUCGCGCAAGAUAAGUCAUGUGCUAAGCCAAUCGCAUGGAAAGUUGUUUAUGGACCGCUCGCUUCUUGAGGACGGCGUCUAG